AUGGAUGACGACGUACUGACAACUCUGAAACUGUUGAUCAUAGGCGAAAGUGGAGUGGGCAAGUCCAGCCUUCUCCUGAGAUUCACAGAAGAUACAUUUGAUCCAGAGCAGUCGGCGACAAUAGGUGUGGAUUUCAAAGUGAAGACACUAGCCAUUGACGGAAAUAGAGCAAAACUGGCCAUAUGGGACACGGCUGGACAGGAAAGGUUUCGUACGCUGACACCCAGUUACUAUCGUGGUGCCCAGGGAGUCAUACUUGUAUAUGACGUUACAAAGCGUGACACCUUCACAAAGCUGGAAAACUGGCUCAACGAACUAGAAACCUACACGACUCGCAAUGACAUUGUAAAAAUGCUUGUUGGCAACAAGAUUGACAGGGAUGACCAUGAAGUGGACAGAAAUGAAGGCCUCAAAUUUGCGAGGAAACACUCUAUGCUUUUUAUCGAGGCAAGUGCAAAGACCAAAGACGGCGUACAGUGUGCCUUUGAGGAGCUUGUAGAGAAGAUCCUCCAAACUCCAGGCCUUUGGGAAAGUGAAAGCCAAGGCCAGGCGCUGCGGUUGGGGAAUCAGGAGCAAGGUGCCGGCAGGGCAUGUGGAGGAUACUGCUCCAUACCUUGA